AUGGAGCACCAGGCGCCUAACCCGCCUGCUCAACCUCAACUCACAACUCACACGCCUGCACUUCCUCAAAACCCCUCGCUCACUGCCAGCAGCACUCCCGUCUCGUCCCCGGGGCUCUUCAGUCCGUCGAAUCCCCGCACCACCAUGUCUCUGCCGCCCUCGCAGUCGGUCUCCGAGGGUACAACGCCUGCUGCACUCAACAGUCCCUUUCUACAUCCCCUUCAAAACCACAGAGUUAGAGAGACACACGUCGCCAAUAUUGACAGAGACUUCACCACCGGCCGCAAGAUCAUCAAUCAUUACGAGGUCAUCGAGGAGAUUGGCCGCGGUGUUCAUGGCAAGGUGAAAUUGGCCCGCGACCUCGACAACGGCCAGAAUGUCGCCAUCAAAAUCGUCCCCCGCUUCUCCAGGAAACGUCGGCUCGGCAGGAUUACCCAGAACGUAUCCCCUUUCGAGAAGUCCAAGAGGGAGAUCGCCAUUCUCAAGAAAAUUAGACAUCCGAACGUGGUAGCAUUACUGGAAGUCAUCGACGAUCCAGACUACAGGAAAAUCUACCUUUGUCUCGAGCAUGUCGAGUGUGGCGAGGUCAUCUGGAGGAAGAAGGGCCUUCCGAACAUCUGUGCUUUCGAGCGCCGGCGGAUCGAAAGAGAGAUGAGGGGCGAGACGCUGACCGAUGAGGAAGAGCAGCACCUUCUCGAUUUGGAACGCAGGUUCAACGUCAAGGAGAUGAAACGCGCUCAUCUCGCAGAGAAGACCGGUACCCACGCCGACCCUUGGAGCUUGGAACUCGGUCAAGACGAUUCCGAACUCACAUCGGGGCCUUCCGAGGCAGAUCUCACCCAGCACGGUGUUGGUUCGAUACGAUCGCACUCGCCAGCUUCUCGAGGGUCCGCACCAUCCUCACAGGCUCCGUCGAGAACGCAGUCUGUACGAUCAAUGUCCGCUGUCGCGUCCGAAGGCCCACCCACUUCGAACGAAGAUGAUAUGGAGACUCCAGGACCCCUACACUCGAACCCGGGCUCGUCUAGUGCGCUUGCCGGAACGAUGUAUGGGGCUUAUGACGAUUUGGGAUUUAGAGAACGAUCUCCCAGCAUGGCCGACUCCAUCAUAUCACACAUGUCUUCGAUCGAUUUCAACCCGCAACCCCAUGAUCCGUUCGCCGACGACUUUUCAUAUGUGCCCUGCUUCACCAUCGAAGAGGCACGGAAUGCCUUCCGGGAUGUCGUCCUUGGUCUUGAAUACUUGCACUACCAAGGGAUUGUCCACCGUGACAUUAAACCGGCGAAUUUGCUAUGGACUCGGGAUCAUCGUGUCAAGAUUUCGGAUUUCGGUGUGUCUUAUUUUGGCAGGCCGAUGCGAGACGGCGAACCUGAUGACACCGUCUCCGAAUCAGAAGCACAAGACUUUGAUGACGAGUACGAAUUAUCCAAGACCGUCGGUACGCCUGCUUUCUUCGCUCCCGAGUUGUGCUACACCGAUAUCGACAACAUCCCCCCGCCCAAGGUCACCGAACAAAUCGACGUCUGGUCCCUUGGAGUAACGCUUUACUGUAUGAUAUUUGCUCGAAUUCCGUUCCUGGCGGAGGAUGAGUUCCAGAUGUUCCGCAAAAUCGCAACAGAAAAGGUCUACAUUCCUACGAGGCGGCUGAGACCGGUGGAUCCAUCCACAUCCCCGGACACGUCUUCGCUUUACAAGCGAGUCAACAGUGCUCCAUAUCGUGACGACCACCAGCUUCUUUACGAAGAUGUUGACGAAAGCCUUCAACAUCUCCUGGGACAGAUGCUCGUGAAGGACCCAAGGCAGCGGAUCACACUAAGAGGAGUGAAGUAUCACCCAUGGGUACUCUCCAACCUGACCAACAUUAUGGGCUGGAUCGACGACACGGACCCUCAGAGGCAGACUCAAGGCACAAGGAUCAAAGUCAACGAGAAAGAGGUGGACGACGCCGUUGUGCCCCUGACACUUCUGGAGCGGGCGAGAUCUACUCUGAAGAAGACGCUUACCAAGUUGACGAGCCGGUCAGUGGAACGCACCGAGGGUAUUUCUCGGCGGAGAGCCACCAGCAGUGCUGCCAGCUCGGCCGGCGACAGCCCAGCGCACACGCCGAUCACAAAUCAUAUUCGCGACGCACGCAGAAAGAGCAUACGUGGAGACGGCGACUACUUUGCGACUGUGAGAGAACAUUCGCAUACACACAGCGAGCAUCCUUUGACCUACAGCGUAACGGCCAGUCCAGAAGAGUCACCGUCGGAGACGGAAGCAUCCUCGCAACAACCGGGAGCGGUAGGCGGCCACCCAUCACAUCAACUUCCUGAGAUCGCCACGAAUUUUAAUGGCAGACAAGACAUCGCAGACCACCAGACACCGACAUCAGCUCAGAUGGAGUUCCCGCGCCACAGGCAUUCGAGAUCCAUCUCGAAUGCGGUGAUUAGUCUGCACAAUGAUCUUGCAGAGGCUCGCACUGCACCAACCACUCCUGCGAUUGAUAUCCAUUCAGAUCCCUUGAGCGGUCUGCGCAGGAAGGGUAGAGACACGAAAUCAUCCGAAGAUUCGACCAGAUCUCAAUCGGUCGACAGGGCUCUGGUAUUUUCCAACCCCGAUAAGCGAGCUGAGGCACGAGUCGGUGUCAGCUCUUUCGUUGCACCCGGAAGCCUUGAGCAGCCCAAGAAGCUUUCGCAGAUGCGGUCUUUGGAUCUUGGUUGGGCUUUUGGAGAAAGCCCACUGCCAUCUCCUCAGUUCUUCUCCCCUCAUACUAUUUCUUCGUAUCAGCAUGGCCAACACAAGUCGGAUCCAAUGCUCGACAAGUUUCGAACUGUGGUCAAGAUUGAAGACCGGCCGAUGACGGCCCACCGCGUCCAGGACAUACCCGAGGGCAAGACUCCACCUCCGAGGCAGUAUAACUCAUCGACCCCCGAGUCGUUUGCUCGAGCUCAGGAGACUUUGCGUCGGCGUGAAAGGAUCGCGCACGAGGACGAUGUACGGCGACAAGAGGCACUGCAACCAGCUGCUGAGCUUGACGCAGUCCAUGUCCCUUGUCCCCCUUCUCCGGACGACGACGACUCUGCUAGCAACGGAGCACCUUCCCGCGGGGAGACGUUUAGUACGACGUUUUCGACCAAGUCCAAUUCACGCGAGGCCAUCGCUACACCGUGGACUAGCCCUAGCGUGGUAACAAGUCCAGUGAGCUACACCACGUCGACGUCGCAGAAGGACCUAAGGGAAUCAGAUGCGGAUCAAAUUCUGGCCUUCCAGUCCGAUCCAUCCUUACCUGCCCUUCUCAGUGGGGCAUCAUCUGUGUCAGCAGACCCGGAAGGAGACUUUCUGGGCAACCCAGGCAGUGUCAGUGUUGUGAGCCGGCGUGCUGUCCUCGAAACAACCGACUCGGUCACACCGCCAGCAUUAGCAAAGGAGCCCGUCACUGGAUUUCCUCUAGAGGCAGCGGAGCUCGAUGAGCCCAGCGGCGCUGUCCUUGUUGAUGAUCACGAACCUGAAUCUCUCGGAAAUUCAACGCCUACCCCGCCCGCACGCCACCUUGAAGAUGACGACAGCGACAGUGAUGACGGGAUCCUCAUGAUGGGUCACCGAUCUAAGAAGUCCACUGCAACCAAAGGCUCUCCCAACUCCAUGGGCAAACUUGUCUUCGGGUCCAAGAGGCGCAACACCAAUGCGUCCGUGGGCAGCACUGACACAGCCAAGAAGGUUUUUACCCCAGGGGAGUGA